AUGGACAUCGACCCUCAGUUGCACCGCGAUGGGGACGCCCAACGGCCUCCUUACAUGCCGACCCGACCGACUCCCAUAAGUCCGGAUUACCCGGAGCCACCAUCCCACCAUUCGCUCAAUCCAUAUGAGAGCCGACACCCCCGAGAGGGUAUGCAAGCCCAAGCGGGGCCAUCCAUAAACGCGGAGCACGGCAACCCAUCCCCCGACGCCGAGCAUGAAGCCAAACGAUCGCGUGCAUGCGAGCCUUGCCGACAACUCAAAGUCCGCUGUGACCCUGAUCCAGACCACCCCGAAGCCUCAUGCAAACGAUGCGCCAAAGCACGACGUACAUGCGUAGUCACUGCGCCCACGCGCAAACGCCAGAAAAAGACCGAUAACCGAGUUGCGGAGCUGGAGCGCAAGAUCGAUGCCCUCACUGCUACAUUGCAGGCCUCACACCCCCCUGCGCCAUUGUUCUCUGGUCCUACGCCGCGCGAGGAGACAGCGCGGGGAUGGCUCAGUGAAUCAAAGAUUGCUGGUAGCAAGCGCCAGGCGAGCGGCGAGGUGAAAAGGCAGAGUGAGAUGCUGGCACCGCGGUACUCUCGCCCUGGGAGUCCGUCUGCGGAACAAAUUCCUACGGCCUCGAGACAAUGGCGUAGACCUGUUGCUGAUGGACCUGCUCCCCCAGCAAAGUCAGCGACUGACAACGAGUUUGCUGAUAUGAUUGACCGGGAGAUCAUCGAUUACAAUACGGCCAGCUUGGCUUUCGAUCGAUAUGUUCAUCAGAUGGCCCCUGAGAUGCCGUUUGUUGUGUUCCCCCCGGGCACAGCGAUGGGCGAAGUGCGUCGCAACAAACCGUUCUUGUUUCUCGCUAUUAUCGCUGUCUCGGUCAGCGUGUUUAAUCCCGAGGCACAGACUAUCUUGGUCAAUGAGCUUUACAAGUUAAUCGCCGAGAAAGUGGUUGUCAAAGGUCACAAGUCUUUGGAAUUGGUCCAGACCAUCAUGGUCUGCGCCAUGUGGUAUAUGCCACCGGACAGUUUUGAAGAACUCAAGUUUUACUCUUUGACGCACAUGGCGGCAAUCUUAGCCAUGGAGUUAGGACUCAACCGUCGUCCGUCCGAAAACAAGCGAACCCUGAACAUGAUCCGUGAGCUGAUUAUUAAAAAGCCCACUGGACCUGCCUUCGAUCCCGAGGGCCCAGAGGCUAGGCGAACUUGGGUUGGAUGUUAUUAUCUGGCAGCGCAGAUGGCGUCGGCUUUGAGACGAGUACAUCUGAUCACAUGGCAACCGUACAUGGACGAGUGUCUCGAGAUUUUGGCCACCCACCCCGAUGCUCUUCCCUCAGAUCGCAAACUAAAAUGGUGGGCAAAGCUGGGCAUCAUCAUGGAAGAUGCUGGGACAAAUUUUGCAGCCGAAGACCCCGGAUCGAUUGCGACUUUUGCGGGUAGCAAGGUUUUUUAUGAUAUGAAGAUGUUUGAGGACCGAAUUGCCAAAUGGAGAGCAGAGGUUCCACAGGAUGUCUACAGCAGCCCGAUGAUCCAGACUGAACUUGUUUUGAAUCUGUUUGUGCAUGAAUCAGCCUUCAGUGUCAAUUACAACGUCAGCGACGAUUCAUUGUUGCGUAACAAGCAGCACAGUGCAUCUAUCACGGCUUUGAAUGACGCAUUGAACACCGCUGUCCGUUGCAUUCACCAGAGUAUCGACAUAAUUUGCACGAUUGAUAAAGAGCGACUCAUAUCUUUGCCGACCACGUCAUUGGCUCGGACGCCAUAUCCUGUGGUAUGUUUGAUCAAAAUGUAUUCGCUCUUUAUGACGCCGGACAGUCGCAUUGGACAAAUACUCGAUGUACAGAGUCUGAAGCUCGACUACUACCUCGACAAAGUGAUUGCUCACUAUCGCUCGGCCGCGGGACUGAAUGGUGGCCGCGCAGCAGCGAAAUUUGGAAACAUCAUGGUCAUGCUGCGCAAUUGGUUUAUCAAGAAGCGAGACCAAGGAGACCAGGGUCAGGAGCUCAAAGAGGCUUUCUCGAUUCACCGAGGCUCGGAUCGCAAACCAAGUAUUGCACGCCAGGAUCCCGCAAAACCACCAGCACAGAUGUCAGAGGGUAUGACGCCGCUGCAUUUCCUCAGUGAGGUUGCCAUGGGUGAACCAAGCCCUCGAGUAGGCAAUCUCACUACCGGUCGUCACAUGUCUGGGCAAGGUUAUUCGGCAACUCAAAGCCCAGGGUCGUCAAGCUACGGGGAUCCAUCAUUAUCAGGUGUUUCAGCAACGAAACCAAGCCCCCAGACCAGCUGGUCUUCUGGCCCGUCAUACCCGACCACGCUUCCCGGCUCAGACCAACACGGAGUAGACUCACGGGGUUACUACCAACCCUAUACGGAUUCAUCACAAAGCUACUCAGAUAUACAGCCCAUUGCGGCCCCAACACACCCCGGGUACUCGGAUAUUUCCGGAGUCAAUGGAAUGCAACUUGCGCCGCCGAUGGGCAUGGCGCCCGAGUUAGGCAUGGAUCCCACUGGUGGUGAUUCUUGGUUUACACUUGGGAACAUGGUGGACGACGGCCUGUUUACCUUCCCUCUCUCGUUUGAUUCAACCUUUGGGUUUUCUUGA